GUCGUGCAAGUAUGAACGGAACCCCCCCAGAAGAGCCUGGAGAAUAGCCUUGGUCUACAGAAUUGUGUUGAACACUGUGUGGAUAUUCAUUUCUUGUUAAAAAUUAAUUUCAAAGAUUCUGAAUUUUUUUAUCAAAAGUUCAAAUCAUGGAAAAGAUUAAUGGACCUCGAAAGGAUACGAAAAAGCUUUCCUGGAUAUACAAAAAUAGAAAACGGCAAAGACAGAGAAAAAUUGAGACUAACAAUGAUGCAAAUGGUCAAGUGCAGAAUAAGAAGGCUAGAAUUAUUGUCCGGAAUUUAUCAUUCAAGGUAACGGAAGAUGAUGUAAGAAAGCUCUAUGAACCCUUCGGGAAAAUAGAACAGAUAGAUCUCCUCCGCAGACUCGAUGGAAAGCCAGUGGGUUGUGGUUUCAUUCAGUUCAAACGAAUAGAAGAUGCUUCUAGAGCAAUUUUCAAAACCAAUAAGAAAGAGUUUCUAGAAAGAACGUUAAAUGUUUCCUGGGCGAUUCCAAAAGCCAAAUUUGUCGAGAAUCACAAUACAAACUUUCCAGUCAAAUCUACAGAUAAAUCUUUAACUGAAGAGCCAGACAUAAUAAAACUCGGCCAUGGCCUAUCGAACUUCUCUGGACCCAAGGAACUUAGGAAAGAACGCAAAAAACCAACGAUAGACAAUAGAAAACAUUACAAACUUCAGAAACGUCAGAAACGCUCUCGAAUAAUCAUUCGAAAUUUACCAUUCACAGCAACUGAAGAAGAUGUGAAAAACUAUUUUUCUGAAUAUGGUACCAUCGAAGAUAUAAAAUUGUUAAUGAAAUCAGAUGGAAAACGUGUUGGUUGUGUUUUUCUACAAUAUGACAAUGUGCAAAGUGCAGCAAAGGCAAUUCAUUAUGCAAAUUUACGAUCAAUGAUGGAUCGCUUGAUUGUGGUUGAUUGGGCUGUACCAAAAGCACUCUUCCAAAAAACAGAUAAAAUUGAAGUUGAAGAAAAAGAACAUGCAGAUGUUUCAUUGAAUGAAGAAAAAGAUGAAGUGAAGCCGGAAGGUGACGGACUCAAUGAAGGAAAAGAUGAAGAAGGAGAAGAAGAAGAAAAUGGAUAUCUACAGACAGAAAAAAGGUUAGAAAGUGGAAUUGACAAACGCCGUCUUAGAAUUUUCGACGAUGUGAACGAAGGGAAAACCAUUUUUCUGAAGAAUGUUCCAUUCUCAGUAAAAAAUGAAGAAUUAAAGAUAUGUAUGGAACAAUUCGGUCCGGUACACUAUGCUCUAAUUUGUAUGGACCCCUUAACUGAACACUCAAAGGGCACAGCCUUUGUCAAAUUUAGGAACCUGAAGGACGCAAAGAAAUGUUUGUCCUCUGGUACCGAACUGCAAAUUCAGGGAGAGACUCUCGAUCCUCAUAGAGCUAUAGCCAAAAAAGACGUCCUGAAUUUGAAGUUACAGGACUCCAAUCAGACUAAGGACUCAAGAAAUCUUUACUUAGUGAAGGAAGGAGUGAUUUUACCAGGUAGUCCAGCUGCUGUGGAUGUAUCUGCUGGGGACAUAAAAAAGCGUCUGCACAUGGAGCAGUGGAAGUCACAAAUGUUGAGGAAUUUAAAUAUGUUCGUCUCUAGAGUUAGACUCAUUGUUCAUAAUUUACCAGCGAUGUUGGAUGAUGCAAAACUGAGAGCAAUUUUUAAGAAGCAUGUAGGAAAAAAGGCGGUCAUCACUGAAGCUAAGGUAAUGCGCGAUCUAAAAAAUCCCGAUGCUAAUGGAGUAGGGAUUUCGAAGGAGUUUGGUUUUGUUGCUUUUAGGAGGCACGAUGAUGCUCUAAGGGCACUCAGAAGCAUUAAUAACAAUCCUAAUAUCUUUUCCAAGGAAAGGAGACCAAUUGUCGGUUUUUCCAUUGAGAAUCGUAUUAUGGUGAAUGCCAAACAACAAAGGGCACAGAAAAGCAGGCAUAAUAAUCCUUUGUGGAAAGGGAAACGAAGUACUGAUUCGAGGCUGGAAAAAGCAGAUGGACCCUCUGUAAAACGUUUCAAAAAAAUUGAGGAUAAAAAUGAUAGACCUGAUGGGAAAUCUGAAGUGCCGGAAGAGAUAUUCAAACCUGUGGGGGACGAAAGAGUUUCGAAGUUUUCUGGAAUCACCAGUAGACCCGGCGAUCGGAAAAUGAGAUCGAAAUUCAAUUUGAAAACUCAAGCGCAGCUUCAUGCUAAGAUUCAAAAGGGUCAGAAGAAAGAAAGGAAGAUAAAGAGAAAAGUUAUGGAGCAGGAGGUUAUCGAAACGAAUUCUAGAAAGGAAAUUAAGCCGAAGCACGGGGUGAAAGAUUUGAGCAGGGAAGAGGCCCAUUUGGAUGAAAUGGUAGAAAAUUACAGAUCUAAACUGUCGGAAAUUUCAAGUAAGAAAACGAAGUGGUUUGAAACAUCAAAUUGAUGGAGUGAUGAAUUUAUAAUUGCAAUUCCCAGCUGUGCAGAACGAUUCUUUGGAAUGUAUAAGAAAUAACUUACAAUAAAAAAAUUUAUCUUCAAAUAAUAAAUACGUUCAAGGAAGAAAUUAUACUUUA